CAGGACCUUGUAUGAUAGACACUCACUCCUGGUUCCUUCUUCCAGUCAAUAAAAGCCGAUAUCUCGCCUACGUCUCAGUGUGAGUUAUUGAUGGUGCAUCAGGUCGUAUCUUCGGCAUAUUUAAGGAUUUUGAACAUAUUCGCCACUUUGACUGAACAAGGCCCAGCAGCUGCCUCGCUAGCACGCAGUCAGGACUGCACUUUUUUCACACGGAAGGAGAUCCUGAGGUUGUUCCAUCGCUAUCGAGACCUAGCUCCACAGCUUGUGCCUCUCGAUUAUAAGGAUAAUCCUGAUGUGAAAGUCCCUUAUGAACUGAUCGGCAACAUGCCAGAGCUAAAGGAUAAUCCCUUCCGGCAGAGGAUUGCAGAGGUGUUCUCCCAGGACAACAAGGGCAACAUGACUUUGGACGACUUCCUGGACAUGUUCUCCGUGUUGAGUGAAAUGGCCCCACGUGAUCUGAAGGCAUGUUAUGCAUUUAAAAUUUAUGAUUUUAACAAUGACAAUUUUAUCUGUAAGUCUGACUUGGAGAAGACUUUGAUUAAAUUGACGCGAAAUGAACUGUUACCAGAGGAGGUACAGUUGGUUUGUGAUAAAGUACUGGGGGAAGCAGAUCUGGACAAUGAUGGCAAAUUAUCACUGGAGGAUUUUCAGCACAUGCUUGUCCGCUCCCCUGACUUCCUCAGCACCUUCCACAUCCGAAUCUGAUUACCACCUGCGACUACGUUUGAUACAGAACCUCAAAUCGUCAAGAGAAUGAUAUGUUCCUGAGCAGAGACCUACUGCAUUUCCCUUGUCAUGUAAA